CCGCGGCGAUUCCACCAAACAGUACAGAUUGAGAACCAUCCCGAGAUGUUCAUUAAGCUCUUGCUACUCAGCCAGCUUCUGGCCCUCUGCCUCUGUGCGCAGUUGAGUCUCGACGAAGGCAAGGCGGCCGUCGAUGCCUCAGUCUACAGCGAUGAGGAGACAUUGGACGAUGUUCAUCCUUCCCCCCACCAGUACGACCCCCACCACAAGGUUCCACAUCACGGGCCAAAGGUGGAGACUCCUACCCCGGUGCCCGAAACGACCACAGUGCAGCCGCAGCUUGUGCCGGAGAACGAUGGCACUGCCGCUCCGGAGGAGGGACUGCAGCAACUAGACGAUGGAAUCGGCCAACAGAAUGAUGGCUCUGCAGUUCCGGUAUCCACAACGACGCCCGAACCAGAGCCAGAGACAACCACUCCUACAACAACAACGACAACAACAACGCCCAAGCCGAAGAAACAUGAGUCCCAUCCGCAUCCGCAUCCACAGCCGUACCCUCUUCCUCAUCCAUUCCCUUAUCCUCAUCCCCACUCGCAUCCGUAUCCCCCCCAUCCGUAUCCUGGGCUGGUGUUCGGACCAAAGCCAGUGCCCGGCUCGGAGGAGUCGUCUCCUGCUCCCAAGGAAACCAAAGAAACCAGCAAUGAAUCACCAGAGCCAACUGCCUAUCCUUCUUAUCCAUCGUAUCCGCCCUUCCGGCCACCGUACUCCCCCUUUCCAGCCCCAACUUUCCAUCGCCCUGGACCUUAUCCGAGCUUCCCGGGAUUCGGACCCGCUCCGGGCUAUGGAUUCCGUCACGAACACCAUCCCAAGGAAGGCAAGGAUGACUCCUCCGAUGAAGAGCCGAUGGAAAAGAGCAAGGGAAACGAGAAGUCCGAUGAGGUAGAGGAUGUGGCACUUAGGCCCCCGGGGUAUGGCUAUCCACAGCUUUACAUCGUGCCACGUCGUCCCGUGGUUUACUCCAGUCCGGGCCGUGGCUAUGGCUCCCCCUACGGCGGAUACGGACGCUACUAAAGCACCGUAAAGCACCUCCUGCCCAUCUCUUGGCUGUAAAAAUGUAAACACUCAGAUCUUAAAUAUAUAUACUCGUAAUUACGUAUUUUGUACGCUCUAUAA